AAUUAAUAAAGUGAGUUUUAAUACUGUUAAAAUUUUUGCAUUAUUUUAGGAUAAAAGCCUAACCUUACCCUCGCAUCCAAUAGUAACCUAUGAUGAAAAAAAAUACUGUGUGUGUACCAGAGAUUAAACUGUGUAACUACAUUUCCUUAAACAACUAUUAUUUAAAUAAGUAAAUUAACAGUAUUAUUUCACAGAUAAGUAAUGUUAUUAGAAUAAUAUUUGAAGACCGUAAUGGGACCUCUUCAGGACUUAGUUUCUUGUAAUAUAAUAGAGAAAGACACAAAUGGUGAUACAUUAUGGGUGUGGAACUAUCCAACAGUUGUAGAAUCAGAAAAAGAUGUAAUCAUGAGAAAGUAUAAUUUUCAAUCAGAACAUAACAAUGUUCAAUCCUUUAUAUUCUCUAGACAUGGGCAGUAUUGGUUUUAUAUAUGUAAUAAUGAAGCUGCUGAUGCAGAAAAGUUGCCUAAAGUCAAACAGUUUGCUAUAAUCCUUUUGUCCAAAGAAUAUUGCCCUCAAAAGUACGAAAUACUUUGUAAGAUAUUUAGUAAGUCUUAUAAUAGGAAUGGAAAUCCAUUAGAGAUUUUAAAACUUUAUUUAAGUGCAUUUGUCAAAGGAUCAUUUGUAACAGACAAUGAAGUCUUCCAAUCCAAUGAUUUUAAAGCAUUGCCAUUUGGUUCGAGCACCAAUGUCAAGGGGUUAAUUAAAGUAUUUGAAUUAGAAACAAUACUAAUAUACACUGCACUUUUAUUGAAAAAAAGAAUAAUUGUAUAUCACCAUAGUUUAGAACAAUUGCUAAAGUGGAUUAAAACAUUUCCUGCUCUGAUGAAACAUAGAAAAGUAACUGAUGUUCUGUUUUCAUGGGUAGAUUUAGUCCAAGAUGAGCUAAGUGAACUAAAGAAACACUCUUUUUACGUUGCUGGCUUUAGAGACAGCGCAAUUUCAUCAAGAUCUGAGUUGUACGAUUUAUUUGUUAAUCUUCCAGCAAGAGAAAUCAUUGUUGCUAAUCAUGCAAAAGAAAGUCUAACAAUGACAAAAACCCACAAAGACAUUGCACUAUUCAUGGUCCAACUUAGUGAAAACCAAUCGCUUGCAGAGUCACAAGUAAUAACAGAAAUAGCUGACAAAACUCAAGAUCUUUUAAAUCAGCUGAGAACACUUGCCACUGUUGAAACUCCAGAGGGAGAGAAGAAAGUUCCCAUUCAAGCAAUCAAGGAAAAAAAUCUAGCAACGUCCGUUGAAAACUUUCUAAUUAAUCUCGCAGUUGCUGAAAAUCUCCUCAUAAUGUGAUGUUCUAUUCGAUGUGUUUAAAACUAUUUUCUCACCAAAAAUAUUUUUCAAUCGCAAAAUUGUACACCGAAAUAUUGUUAUUAAAAA